AUGGCCGCAUCGACUGCUACGCUCAGCGAGCUCUCAGAGCAUCUGCAAAAGGUCGACCAAGAUCCUACCACUCCGCUCGACACAGAUCUACUUGAGCGAUGCGAGCUCUCCACAAACACGCCAGAAUACCGUAGCCAGAUAUGGAAAGAGACGAGACCGCUUUUUCUCCAGAUGGCGGCGUUACUACCAACGCUUCAACAAGACCCCACGCCACUCACCCACUUCAUCGUCAAGCUGGCGGAACCAUAUCGAUUUGACGAUAUCAAAGACAUUGACUUUGAAAUCGGCCUGGAUCUAAAAGCUACUCCGUUUCACAGUCUCAUCCUUACUUUGCUCGAGAAGGCCACCACAAGUAGCACCGAUGCUCAAGCACUUGCGAAUCGGCCAGCGGUCAUGUUGGCCAUCGUCCGUCUCUGGCUAUGCACCCAAGAUGCUGGAGUUGCGACUCAGGCCGAAGAGCUUCUUACUUCGUUAUUGGAGGUGUCAAAGAACGAGCCCGUCUCGAUAGAUGGCAAGUCUUCGCUACAUACGUAUGGUACAGGUCCCAUGUGGAGGCGCCUAUUCAGCGACAGAGACAUCAGUUCGCUGUACUACCAUUAUACAUCUCUCAAGGACCUCACAUCGCCACCCCAACCACUUCUGAACAAGCGUGACAAGACAAUUUCACAGGCUAGACUGUUGUCCUGGCUACCGCGUGUCGCCGCUAUGGACUGGAAUGCCGUCACUUCCUCGUAUGGUCUGGAAGCUGAAAAAGAAGUCGGACUGAAGGAAGGUCAAGGCUUGCUGCACUACGCUACACUAAAGAUGGUCGACACAGAAGAUGAUAUGCUCAUGCAUAUGACCCUGCUCCAAUUCUACAGCACAUUGAUCACCACGGUCAAAGCGAAGCCCCACCUCUCACACUACGACUCAAGUCUUGCUCUGGACUUCCUCAUAGAAGAAGGCGUACACAAAGGCAUCGUCGACUUCCAUACCUCAAACAACCCGAGCCUUGACCACUCGUUCUUGAGCAGUCGAACAGCCCAGUAUAUAAGCGACUACGCAUCGCAUUACCCAGAGAACUUUGAGAAAAGCAGCGAGAUGCCCACUAUCCGAAAUUACGUACACCGCAACAUUCGCAAGUGUGAAGCAAGCGACCUGAACAUCAUUGCUUCAAUGCCGCGAUCAACGCUCAUACCGCAAAAGGCUUCAGGACCAUCCUGGGAUGACUGUGUCAUUACCGACAUGCCAAUCACGCGAACGAACCAAGACGCGCUCAAGACACUUGCAACCAUCUUCCAUGGUCCACCAAAAGAAGAGAUUACUUUCCCACAAACCGAAACUAUAGGUUCAGACAGCAAACGCACACAGACCGAAGCGGCAUACGCCCGCCUCCUCACUGCCCUCUUCUACAUGAAGAAGCCAAACAUGUUCGCCGACAUCACUACACACAUGGAAACCAUCGCCAUGAAAGAAAACGCUCUCGCAGCCCUGACCCUCGUCGGAGCCAUCAUCACAUCAACCUGGUUCACCGAUCUACUCCCCAACAUCCCCGCAAAUGACCCAACUUACGCCCGUCUCACCGCCUUCCCCAAAUCCGGUGUUGAUCUCAUCUUAGACCCUACUAUUAGCGGCGGUGUUCUCCCUUCACUGCUCAAGCCAGCAACGACUUUUUCCAACCUCGUUGGUGGACGUGGCGAUGCGGAGAACGCGGCGUAUAUCGUUGCGACGGCGAAGUUCGAGGUGCUGAAAACACUGGGUAGGAAGUUGGAGCAGGAUGGUGGGAGGCAGGAUGUGCUGGCUAUGGUGAGGAGGAGGGUUGGUGACGGGGUUUGGGGUGAUAGCGGGAAUGUGGGGAGUCGGAUUGGGACGUUGGAGAUGUGA